AUGCCUAAAACAGUAAUGAAUCGCUUGUUUUAUCCAAAAAUCUUCUCCUUCAUCACCUUGGUUCUGUCAAUAAACUCUCUUAUGCUCUCUCCUUGUUAUUCUCUUGAUGAACAAGGCCAAGCUCUUUUAACAUGGAAGAAAAGUUUAAGCUGCCCCACUGAUGCAUUGAAAAAUUGGAAUUCUACAGACUCCAGUCCAUGCAAAUGGUUUGGGAUAUACUGCAACUCAAAGGGAGAAGUGGCGAAUAUAAGCCUGAAAGGAGUAGAAUUGGAAGGUCCAUUGCCUUCAAAUUUUCAAUCUCUCAAGUCCUUGAAGAAUCUUACUAUAUCAUCUUGCAAUCUCACGGGCACAAUCCCAAAAGAACUUGGAGAAUAUCACAAGCUCACUUUCAUUGAUCUCAGUGACAAUUCUCUUUCAGGUGAAAUCCCCAAGGAAAUAUGCCGGCUAAAUAGAUUGCAAGGUUUAUAUCUCAACACGAACUUUCUUAAAGGCGAAAUUCCUUUCGGCGUUGGAAACUUGUCAAACCUUUCAGAUCUGAUGCUCUACGAGAAUCAACUCAAUGGGAAAAUUCCAAAAACUAUUGGAGAAUUGAGCAACCUACAGACUUUUCAGGCAGACCGGAAUUAUCUAGAGGGUGAACUACCAAUGGAGAUAGGAAACUGCACCAACUUAGUUUAUUUAAGCUUCACGGAAAACAACAUUUCUGGAAGUAUUCCUUCAUCAAUUGGAAUGCUCAAAAGAAUUCAAGAGCUACACCUUUAUGAAACACAACUGUCAGGUCAUAUCCCAGAAGAGAUUGGAAACUGUAGCGAGUUGCAGAUCUUGUACUUGUAUAGUACCUCAAUCUCUGGCCCAAUCCCAAGUCAAAUUGGAAUGCUAAAAAAAAUUCAAGAUUUAGAGCUUUCUAACACACAACUAUCAGGUCAUAUCCCAGAAGAGAUUGGAAAUUGCAACCAAUUGCAGACCCUGUACUUGUUUAAUACUUCAAUCUCUGGCCCAAUCCCAAGUCGAAUUGGAAAGCUCAAAAGAAUUCAAGAGUUAUCCCUUUAUGAAACACAACUGUCAGGUCAUAUCCCAGAAGAGAUUGGAAACUGCAGCGAGCUGAUAUUUAUUGAUGUCUCAACAAAUCUUCUAACUGGCAACAUACCGAGAAGUUUUGGAAAACUAAAGAAGCUUCAAGAUGUAAGAUUAUGGGGUAACAGCUUUGAGGGUGCAAUUCCUGACGAUUUUGGAAACUGCACAGAGUUGAAAAAAUUUUAUGCCACAAAUAAUUCUCUGACUGGCAGCAUACCGAGAAGUUUUGGAAACCUUGUGAAGCUUCAAGAACUAAUGUUAUUGAACAAUAGUUUAGUGGGUGCAAUUCCUGAUUAUUUUGGAAACUACACAGAGUUGACAAGCUUGGAUAUCGCAAUGAAUCGUCUAACUGGCAGCAUACCGAGAAGCUUUGGAAAACUUACAAAGCUUCAAUAUGUAAGCUUAUGGAGUAACGGCUUUGAGGGUGCAAUUCCUGACGAUUUUGGAAACUGCACAGAAUUGAAACACUUCUAUGUCUCGAAUAAUUUUCUGAUUGGCAGCAUACCGAGAAGUUUUGGAAAACUUGUGAAGCUUCAGGAACUAAUAUUAUGGAACAACAGUUUAGUGGGUGCAAUUCCAGGUGAUAUUGGAAGCUGCAAAGAGCUGAAAGUAUUGGAUAUCUCACAUAAUCAGUUGUCAGGUAUAAUACCUGUUGAAAUUGUAAACUGCACAAAGCUGACUCAUCUGUACUUUAACAACAAUAAAUUUUCGGGUGAGAUUCCUGUUGGUCCAGUAGCAAUCUAAAAAGCUUGAUCAUGUAAUCCCUGCCAGGAACAAUAAGCUAA